CAUCAGAGAUUCCAACCUCCCUGAUUGGAAGGAUGGGAUUCCAUGGUUACUCAGGAGCUCAGGUGGAUAACAGCAACUUCUCAGAGCUGUUCUCCACUCCUGACUUCUCCCCAGACUUGAGAGAACGCACUCUUCUGGGUCCUAUAGAGUCUGGAAGAAGGCUUUGGACAGAACAGGGACUAGGUUCUGUGGGAGGGAACAGAGUUUGGCAGAGAUCAUGGCCAGCCCUCAACCACAUCCCCAGGAUGAGUACCAGAGCCCCCAGCCUAGCACCUCGGGAUACUCCCUCCCAGAGAUUUUGGAUGAUGAAGUGCCAGAACCAUCAGUCCCUUGGGUAGAUAUCAGCCCCCCACGUAGGUCCCUUUGUUGGAAAAGGAAGAGGGAGUGGUCAGACGAAUCUGAGGAGGAGCCGGAGGAGGAGCCAGAGAAGUCGCACGACCCUGAGCCUGAGGAGACCUGGGUGGUGGAGUCUCUCCACGGCCUCAAAAUGAAGCUGAAGCGGCGGCGAGUGUCACCCGUGCUCCCUGAACACCACGAGGCCUUCAACAGGCUGCUCGAGGAUCCUGUUGUUAAAAAAUUCCUGGCCUGGGACAAAGAUCUGAGGUUAUCGGACAAGUACCUCCUGGCAAUGGUCAUAGCGUAUUUUAGCCGCGCCGGCCUCUUCUCCUGGCAAUACCGACGCAUUCAUUUCUUCCUGGCUCUCUACCUGGCCAAUGACAUGGAGGAGGAUAACCAGGCCCCCAAACAAGACAUGUUCUACUUCCUGUACGGGAAGAACCACUCCCAGCGACCCUUGUUCCACAAGCUUCGACUCCAGUUCAUUUGUUCCAUGCGCUGGAGAACUUGGGUUUCCCGGGAGGAGUUGGAGGAGAUCCAGGCUUAUGACCCAGAGCACUGGGUGUGGACUCGAGAUCGCACCCUCCUUCCUAGUGCUCCAGGGACCGUGGAGGCCUGAGGUCAUCGGCCUGAGGGAAGAACACCAGGCCCAGCCAGGGAAGAUGUGGGUUUUCAGCAGCAAGUUUACUCCAAUGCUAGUGGCAGACACCAUUAAGGACGAGAGCAGCCAUUUGUGCAGAUCAACUAGAAGAACCUGGAUUGUUCUAGAAGGAGAUGAAUAGAGUGAUCCUGCUGUCCUUCUAGGAUCAGGGGUGGGUGGGGGUACUUCUAAGCCUCUGUGGAGGACAGUGAGAAACCAGGGGUGUUUCUGGUUCCACCUUUUCCUGCAGCUCCACUUCCCUUUUUUUAUAUUGCUGAAUUUCAGCCUCCCUGGGGUGGAACCUGGAGGUUCUGUUUCCUAUGGACUUGGUUGCCACAGUCCAGGAGCAUUUCAAGGCACAGUACAGGUGCUCAGAUUGGCACGGAAUUAUUUGUAAAAUAUGAGUGCCAUAGGAUUGUAACAGAUAGCUUAACAAGUACUAUGCAUUUUAUUGUUUUGUUUGGAAAAUGUUGGCCAUGGAAUUAUUAAUAUGCUUAUUUCAAAUAGUUUGGAAAUUGUUGUACUUUUGAAAACAUGCCAUCCCUGUAGAGUUUUUUGAUGAGAGUUAUAGCUGUUAUAUAUACAUAAAUAUAAUAUUCAUUUUUAAGAAAGAAUUUUUAUCCUAAAUCUAUUGUCUUUAAAUUGUUUUAUCUAUUAUUAUAUGUGCUUCUGAAGCGAGCACUCUUUUUAUCCAAGAUACUUACAUGGUAAUCUACUAUAUUUAUAGCUGUGUGGUAGUUCCCUUAAAUUCUUGUAAUAGAAAAUUUUAUUUGCUAUUUAGUGUUCCUUACUGAAUGGUGAGAAUUCAGCUGUGAUUUUUAACAUGUCUUAGAUAUAUACUAAUUUGUCUAAUAUAUACUAUACAUUUUAUAGGUUUAUGUGAAAAAGAUGAGCAACGAAUGAUUACUGCAUUUAUUUUAAAUAGUGGAAAUCCUGGUAUUUUGAAUAGAUGUUGUUCCUAUAAAGUUCAUAAACAGCUAUAGCUGUUAUGUACACAAAAAUGUAAUUUUGUUUUCCUUUUUAGGAGAGGAUUCUUUUAAUCCUAAAUCUUUUAUCUUUAAACCUUUGUAUGUGUCAUUACCUGUGGUGCCAAAGGAAGCACUGUUUUUAUCUACGAUACUUACUUAACAUAUUACCUUUAUAGCUACAUGGCAGUUCCCCUAAAUUCUUGAAAAUACAUUUUUAUUUGAUGUUAAGUGUAUGUUUUUGAAAUGUGAGAAUUCAGAUGUAAUUUUUUGCCUUGUAUUGAUAUGUUUGUACGUUAUUUUAAGGAGGAUGUGUGUUUUACAGGAGGACAUGAGCUGUGUGUUCUCAAGAGAACAGUGCAGUGCGUCUCUCAGGGAAAUGUAAUAAAGACAGUUUUCUCACCUUCA